AUGCAACGAAUUACACGAUGGAUAAUAAUACAUUCUUUAAUAAUUGUAAUACUAAUUGGUAAAGAUGCUGCAAUAGCACCUGGUUAUGAUCUGUCAUUUGAUUAUGGUCCUCAGCAAUACGCCACUAGCCAAAGAACAUUUAGGUUGAAUGAUGAAAGUCAACAAAAAAUUGGAAAUACUGCAUUAUUGUUAGACAGUCAACAAAAUUCCACAUCACUCAAAAUUGAUCUUGAAAAAGGUACCGUCGAUGAAAAUCCAUUCAAUUCACUAUUAUACAAUAAUUUUUCGCAUAAUAGUAACGAAAAUUCAAAACAUUAUGCUGCUGAUUUACAAAGCGCGAAUAUAUUUGGAGAAGUACCAUUAAAAAAAGUACCAUCUAAAAGAAGUACCAUUAAAUCAACAAAGAAAAAUAUUCCAGCAAAUUUUAAUGGUUUAGAAAAAAUAAGUUUCAAUGCUUCAAAAGAAGAAUCCAAAAAUUUUGAAAAAACAUCAGUUAAAGAAAUAGGUCAAUUGGCAUCAGUUAUUGGUACCUCAGCAAUGAUAGAUGGAAAUAGUUUUGAUUUUGAUAGAACGAAAGGAACUAUUCUGAAUGUAACGAGAAGAAAAAUCGAAUUUUCAACACCAAGUCAUAUUUUUAAACGGAUCCCGAAUUUAGCUAUCAAUAGAACCGGAAAUUUAGCAUCAAGCCACAUAAUAGACUAUUCCGCUUUUUUAACGAAUUCUCCUUCUAUUGAAACAAGUACAAUAGUUCCAGAUUUCGAAAUUAUUCCUUCUUUUAUAAAAACUGGAAUCUCAAGCACGCAAACUUCUGAAAGUCGGAUCACAGAAAAUGAAAAUGAUUCUUCGAAAAUUACCAUUUCUUCAACCGCUGAUCAUACUAUUAUUUCUGAUAUUUUACCGCUUGGACCACUACUAACUUCUACAAUUUCUUCAACACCGGAACUGAUAAUUUUUCCCAACAGAAAGAACCUUGAUACAGCUCAUGUUGGAAUAACAACAUCUCCAAUUACUUUUAUUGCGGUAGGUGAUCGAGAGAUUCUGGAAGAGCAAAAGACACAACAGAAAGCUUCAUCAUUUCAAUUAAUGAAACAUACUGCAGUUGGAGAACGGAUCAGUGGCUUGGAAGAAACCUAUCCUUCAGAUUCUUCAGAAGAUGAACCUGUAACUAUUGAAAGACAAGCAACUACAAAAAGUACCUUAUUUUAUCGACCAGCGGAAGUUGAACAAGAAACGCGAUUCAGAAACCCUUUCCAGUCCGGAUUUGAUUCGAGAGAUGAAAUAAUCCUUCCUGAUCUUAUCAUUCAAGAAGACAAAAUUGCUCCUCCAGACAUAUUCUUCAAACCAGAACAUGAUUUGGAAGCUUCUGAACUAGAUUACAUAGAAUCUAUCGAUUCCUCACUUUCGAAUACCGAUACACUAUUUACGGAAUCUGGAGCUGAACAAGAGGAAAACGAAGUCCUAAAAUUUGAAUUCAGAACACCGGUUAGCACUCAAUUAUCGGAACAUAUUCAUUUUAUUCAACCACAACAACUAUCGUCAAAUCCAACCGGAGUUGAAGUAAUGAAUGAUGAGGUGAACAUUUCUGAAAGAAAUAUGAACCCAAAGACAAAACUUGAUUUUAGAGUUUCACAACUGAAACUGCCAUCAUUGAUACGAAAUACAGAUGAAGAAAAAAUCAAUGAGUUGAUCGAUUGCGAUAUCGUUGCACUCAAUGAAGAUAAAUGUCCAAUAGCAAAUGAUAAAUCUGAUCAAACUCGAUCCGAUAUAUUGUUUUUAAUCGAUACUUCUCAUAAUAUCAGCAAAAUGCACUUUCAACAAGCACUGAAACUUAUCACGGAUACCGUAGAACAAUUUAAAAAUAUUGGUUCUGAUGGAAUACAGAUUUCAUUGAUACAAUUUACACGAGAAUCUGUGCUGGAAUUUUCAUUCCAUAAACAUAACUGUAAGCCUUGUCUUCUUGCUGAUAUUGGUGAUACUAAAUAUAUCGGUGGAUUAAGCACUGCUGAUAAUGCAAUCUAUAAGAUUAUCAAAUAUGGCUUUAGUAAACGACGAGGUGAUAGAGAUAAUGCGGCAAAUAUACUUGUAGUGGUCAGUAAUGGUAUGUCCGAUGGUCAAUUUCAUAAAACGUUACAGUUACUUCAUGCAAACAAUAUAACAAUGAUAAUAGUAUUUACCGCUGAUGAUACAAAUCCUCAACUGAUUAAGCAGCUUGUCAAGGAGAAUAAAUAUCGCAAUCUCUUCUUCAAUGUAAGUGCAGUGGACAGCGACCAAUUAUCUGGUCAUUUGGCAGAGCGUAUUCGAACCGUUGCAAACGAAAAAACAACAUCUUUCGGUGAGAUUAUAGCGAUGGAAACGGAUGAAUUAAUUCAAGAAUUUACGGCCCAAUGUUUAAGGGAUGGAAUUAAUGCAACAUUUAAAUUUCUUAAAUCAUUUGGUGGAAUUAUUACUGUCCGAAGUAAAAAUGUAACGAAAAGUUGUUCGAAAGUUAUUCAAGCGGAACAAUUUGGUGAGCAUAUCGAACAUCGUGAAGUUUACUUCUUCAUCAGUUUUAAACAGUGUGAUGUGAAAAAAACAAUAUCCGUAAAUCCAUCAGGGAUGAAUUAUUCGGCUCUAAUCGAUGUAAUCCACGAUAAAUGGUUAGUAAGUGGCGCUGAUAAAGGAUUUGUUGUACAGUGCUAUCAGCCUCAGCAAUCAAAAUCACAAGAAGGAAAUCUACGCACUGAUAUGAAUCUGCGGGAUAAUAUCAAAAUGGCGAAUAUAUUUCCGCUAAAUUCGUUACCGCCAUUAUGUAAUUAUUCCAUUCGAGCAGAUGCGCCAAAUGGACCAAUGAUUCAAUCUGCUAAACUUGGUGAUAUUGUUUAUCACAAAUGGGAAUGUGAAGAUGAUCAACAAACAUCACAUUUAUAUGGAAUUCAUAUCCAUGAUUGCUACGUUGAAUCGGGUACCAAACAACAACAUAUUAUUAUUGACAGUAACGGCUGUAGCGCGGAUAUGAAUAUUGUUCACGAAGUGAUUUAUUCCGAUAAUAAACUUGUAGCAUUUGCGCAUGUUAAAGUUUUCAAACUUAUCAAUUCGGAAUAUUUGUCAUUUCAUUGCAAACUCAGCUUAUGCAUUAAAAAAGCAGAUGGUUGUGAAGGAAUUACACCACCUCGAUGUCCACGUACUGGUCACAGAGAUUUGUUAGUUUAUCACCGGAAUCGCUAUAGCACGGAGUCUUUUUUCGCUGCACUGACUGUUCAGGAAGAAAUCAAACUUACUGUUAUUGUACCCGUAAAUGCCACUGAUUCAGCUUUUUCGCUUCAAGCCGUUAAAGAACUAUCAAAUGUGAAUCUACUCUGGUUGAUGGUCAUUUUGAUCGCCUUAUCUGCUGCUGUCCUUUUGUUGCUUAUCAGGUACAUUACUAAAAUGGAUGGCAAAGAAGAAUUUAUAGCUUCAGAAAAUUUCAAAAAACAUGAAAUUAUUGACAACAUUGACUAUAUUACAUCUGCAGUAUCCACAAACGCAGGUAGUUUAUCUCCGAUCGAAAAGAGAGUAGAAGAGCGGAAGGAUGUAUGCUAUAGCAGACCGUUGAAAGGAAUACAAUCAGGAAAAGAUAAAGACAAGAAAAUGAAAACUGAAAUCGUUUCUGUAAGUUUAAAUUCCAUUUAUGAUGAAAUUAAAUCGAUCGCUAAAUGCAACUCUCUAUGUGGUACCGUAUCAGCAACAGCAUCUCUUCAUCUUCAGCAUGACCAACGUGAUGGAUCCUCUUGGUCAUUUUGA